AUGGCUACUAUCCCAUUAUCCUACCAAAGAAAAUGGCUACUAUCCCAUUAUCCUACCAAAGAAAAUGGCUACUAUCCCAAUAUCCCAACAAAGAAAAUGGCUACUAUCCCAUUAUCCCAACAAAGAAAAUGGCUACUAUCCCAUUAUCCCAACAAAGAAAAUGGCUACUAUCCCAUUAUCCCAACAAAGAAAAUGGCUACUAACCCAAUAUCCUACCAAAGAAAAUGGCUACUAUCCCAUUAUCCCAACAAAGAAAAUGGCUACUAUCCCAAUAUCCUACCAAAGAAAAUGGCUACUAUCCCAAUAUCCUACCAAAGAAAAUGGCUACUAUCCCAAUAUCCUACCAAAGAAAAUGGCUACUAUCCCAAUAUCCCAACAAAGAAAAUGGCUACUAACCCAAUAUCCUACCAAAGAAAAUGGCUACUAUCCCAUUAUCCCAACAAAGAAAAUGGCUACUAUCCCAAUAUCCCAACAAAGAAAAUGGCUACUAUCCCAAUAUCCUACCAAAGAAAAUGGCUACUAUCCCAAUAUCCUACCAAAGAAAAUGGCUACUAUCCCAAUAUCCUACCAAAGAAAAUGGCUACUAUCCCAAUAUCCUACCAAAGAAAAUGGCUACUAUCCCAAUAUCCUACCAAAGAAAAUGGCUACUAUCCCAAUAUCCUACCAAAGAAAAUGGCUAUCCCAACAAAGAAAAUGGCUACUAACCCAAUAUCCUACCAAAGAAAAUGGCUACUAUCCCAAUAUCCUACCAAAGAAAAUGGCUACUAA